AUGCCUGCCAUUCACGUUCCUCUCGUCUUAGGCACCGCCCGAGAAUACGGAGCGUUCGUACUCGAGCCGGACAGUUACCUUCCCUUGUACAGAGACAACAUUGAGAGGGCACACAAAACGAAGGACAUACUAUUCACUCUAUAUACUAUCAAGGAGUUCCGGAUCUGGAGGGGACAGCAGCACGGACAAAACUGGGGCUUCGACACAGCUCAUCAACGACGAAAUGCGCGGCUACCCCGGCUUCACCCGAGUCCGAACGAGCCCAUUAGUUCGCAUCAGCUGCCGCGACCCCAGAUUUUCCUCAAAGGCAUUUGCGAUAAUAAUUGGCUAGGGGAUGAUGAACAAUGUCGAGAUGAAAAAGGAGGAGAUGAACAAUGUCGAGAUGAAAAAGGAAGAGAUGACCCGUCGCUGGAUUACUGGUCAGAACACGACCUGGACGGUGGUGGCGCCCAUGAAGUAAUUCGGACCCGCUUAUCGGACUGUGGACCUCGGAGACCGGAUAGUUGGGAUGCUUGCACGAGUCAAAAGCCGGACCUCGUGAGCGCUGACUCUGCGGAACGGGGAUGUAUGUCUGAACCUUGUUUAUAUAAUGACGUUGGGCCCUUACCCGGGGCACGUCGAUGUCCGGCCGUCUGUGAAGACUCCGACAAUGAGGACUUCAUCAAUGAAGAUGAGGACUACGUCAAUGAAAACUCGGGUGAACAGGUGGCGGAAGGGGCACCAGAUCAAGAACAGGAUUAUUGGAAGCCUGACGCCAUCAUCAAGCGGGGUGGUCUUUUAUCAGACGUGAGAGACCGUGAAGAUAUAACCAAGUCCGAGGCAUCGAAUGGAUUCAGGUCGAAUGGACUCAGGUCGAAUGGACUCAGGUCGAAUGGACCCGGGUCGAGUGGAGUGGGGUCAAGUGGAGUGGGGUCGAAUGACGCCGUGCUUUCUUCAGCCGAGAAUAUGUCGGUACCGGACGGUGAAAUAUUAGGCUUGCGCGGCCGAGUUUCAUCUAAAAAUGAUUCAUCGGGAGAUGUUGGGUUCUCUGGAGAGGCGGGGUCCUCUGGAGAGGCGGGGUCCUCUGGGGAAAUUAUAUCGUCCGGGGAGCUGCCUUCUGAAGGUUGUGAGCACGGUUGCGUGGAAGGCGAUGGCUGUAAAGCGGGACGUGAGUGCAUGAAGGGGGUGGAGGAGAGACUGAUUGAGAGUUACAACACUCUUUUGGAUGAGUUUGAUGACAGUUUGGUAGUCCUUAUUCCGAGGGCUGUCACUGAAGUGAAGGAGCGUCAGAGCGAAGGUUUCACAAACCAGCAACUUGUUUGCAGACACAAGGUAGACUGGCGUGCGGAACGGCCGGAAGUGAGGCUGUUGUCGUGCCUAUUGGAUAAGAAACAGUUUGACGCCCUUCGACAGUGGCUUCACUCUACUAAGACGUCGGGCAUCAAACAGAUUAAGUCAGAACAAGUCAUCCAGAAAGGUCUCGAAAUUUUCGUGUUUGGAGAAAUCCCUCGACGCUCAGGAACGCUCCCAAACCCGUACUGGUACCUAGGCUGGCGGCUAGGCAAAUACGAGAGCCGAGCCGUCGACAGCCGAGCUGGCGACCAGGUAAGUGAACUAAGUCGUUCCACCGACCAGGUACGAUCGAGCGAACAGACGAGUACUGGAGGCCGCAUCAAGUCCAGCGGUUCAACCAGAGUUUCCCAGGAAGUCACCCUACCAAAUAGGAUUGGCCGGAACGGUCAUCAGAGACAUACCCCGCCUGAUUACCCUCCAGGAGUACUUCCUGAUGAACGUUACGAUGACCGUUACGAAGAACAUUACGACGCUGACUACCUCCCUGACCGUUACGACGGCCGCUACGACGACCGGUACGACGACCGGUACGACGACCGGUACGUGGCUGACCGCUACGUCACCGACCAAUUCCCCGGUCUUGACAGGCAUCCCGGCGAAAGGCAUCCGAACGAAAGGCAUCCAGGGGGAAGGCAUCUGGGCGAAAGGCAGGCGGCCGAAAGACACGCGAGCAAGCUCCCCUAUAGGAUGCACAGGCGCCCGUUAGCGUCGCCUUCAGAUGGCCGGUCGGAGGGACUCCCCUCCGAGGGUCCGCCUUCAGACGUGUACUCCAGCCAUCUCUCUCAGAGCGCGACCAUGCCGAGCGAGCCAGGUCCGUCCGAAGGGGGAGACCCGCAGCGGCGAGAUUCCCAACGACGAGAUUCCCAGAGGCGAGACUCGCAGCGGCCCGACGAAUUGACUGAACUGCAAUAUGCAGCCGAGCCGUGGCAUCGUAGGCAGUGUGGGAUGGAGCGGCAACUGGACCGGCGGAGUGGACCGGAUCGUCAUCGGUAUGGGGACUACGAUAUAAGACGCGACUGCGAACAAUCCGAGCCGAAAUCCCCCUCUCGUCACCGCGGCACCACGGACCGACCUCCCCUAGAUCACAGGGUCAUGAAAGUCCCCAGACGCCGACAGGCUCCGGAACCGAGGUUUUCUGACCCCAGGUUCUCUGACACCAGGGUCUCUCAUCCAGGGUUCGCUGACCCCGGAUAUACUAGCCGAAACAUCGCUCUAGACGGCCCCCAAGGCGGUGAGAUUUUUGACUCCGUUGACUCCACCUAA